GGCCUGGAGGCUCGGGCAGCUGCAGUGCUUCCGGCCCCAGUGUACGCCUACUGCGUGUGUGCACAGGCUCCACUCGGCGGGCUGCGGCAGGGCCCGGGGGCUGCAGCCGCGGCGGGUAAUUUCGUGCUCCGAAAAUGGGACAUAAAGUGGUCGUGUUCGAUAUUUCCGUCAUCAGAGCCUUGUGGGAAACUCGUGUCAAGAAGCACAAAGCUUGGCAGAGGAAGGAGGCAGAAAGGCUUGAGAAAAGCGCAUUGGAAAAGAUAAAGGAGGAGUGGAAUUUCGUGGCCGAAUGCAGGAGCAAAGGCAUCCCCCAAGCUGUGUACUGCAAGAAUGGCUUUAUAGACACCAGCGUAAGGCUUCUGGAGAAGAUCGGCAGGAACUCUCUCACAAGGCAGAGUUCUCUUUCCAAGGAGAGAGACAAGCAGAGCAGUGCCUUUGUGUUUGAGCUUUCAGGGGAGCAGUGGAAGGAGCUCCCAGAUUGGUUGAAGGAGCAGACGCACCUGAAAGAGUGGCACAUAAGCAAUACCCUGAUUCAAAUCAUUCCUACGUAUGUUGAACUGUUUCAAGCGAUGAGAAUUCUGAAUCUGCCGAAAAACCACAUCUCCCAUCUUCCAGCUGAAAUUGGUUGUUUGAAAAACCUGAAAGAACUCAAUGUGAGUUUUAACCAUCUGAAGAGCAUUCCUGAAGAACUGGGAGACUGUGAAAAUCUUGAGAGACUGGAUCUUUCUGGAAAUCUCGAAUUAACUGAGCUCCCCUUUGAAUUAAGUAAUUUGAAGAAGGUUGUAUUUGUAGAUAUCUCAGCAAACAAGUUUUCCAGUGUCCCGAUCUGUGUCCUGAGGAUGUCUAAUUUGCAGUGGUUGGAUAUCAGCAACAAUAACCUGAAUGACCUACCACAAGAUAUAGACAGGCUGGAAGAACUGCAGACUUUUCUCUUGUAUAAGAACAGGCUGACCUAUCUCCCUUACGCCUUGCUUAACCUAAAGAAGCUCGCCUUGUUUGUUGUCAGCGGGAACCACCUGGUGGAGCUCCCGACGGCCCUUUGUGACUCAUCCACACAUUUAAAAUUUGUAAGCCUUAUGGACAAUCCUAUUGAUAAUACCCUAUGUCAAGGUAGUGAAGAAAUGAUGGAAAGUGAACAAGAUCGCCAAUGCUUUGAUAAAGAAUUUAUGAAAGCCUAUAUUGAAGAUCUUAAAGAAAGAGAAUCUGUUCCCAGCUAUACCACCAAAGUAUCUUUUAGCCUUCAGCUUUGAUACCAUCCGUCAGAAGACUGCAGAAUCCCCCUAUCCUGUGAAGCUGUACAUCUUCGUGUUGUAGGUCAUGUCACAGAGGAAUAUGAUUUGUGCUUAAGGACAAAGUCUAGAAACCAUGAGCAUAGUUGUUAGGAAAAAUGAUUUUCAAAUUUCAAAUUUAUGAAUACCUCUCCCUGUAGACUGGAAAAUUGAUAAAUGGGUUUAUAUAUUGAUAUUUGAAGGAUCACUUGCAUACACUUUUUUCCAAAUAAUGCACAUUUAAUGUUUUAUAAAAUGUGUUAUUUUUUAAAACUGUAACUUAAAGACCAAAUUCUGAAGUUGAUUGCAUUGUUUUUAGGAACCUAGAAAUUAAGGGGUUGUGGAAAGAGCAUUUAUAGUGUUCUAGUUAGAUGAGACUUUAUUAUUCUGUAAGAGUUUUUAA